AUGAUGAGCAGAAAAGCACAAAGAAAUCCUACAUUGUACUUGGCCGCCCUAAUAGCCACUUCAGCAGUGGCGAUUUCGUACAAAGUGUAUGACUCGUAUAUCAAGCCCCAACCAAAAUCAACACAAGGAACAGAUACUAACGACAAGUCGUUGACAUCAGAGACCAAAUCAUUCACCAUAUCGAAAAAGUACCUCAAUAAAUCGAUAGCAAUAACGCUUUCAUCAUCGUUCCUAUCGUCACAAUUACCACUCAAUGAGAUCCUAACGACGCAAGAAAACAUAUUAUUUAUAAUCCCACCCAAUUUGAAUGAAGAUGAUUUGAAUUUGACCAUACCACCAAAUUUCAAAUUACUUAAGUGCUCAAAUGUACAAGGCUAUUUACAAAUAUUGAAGAAUUUGAAGCCUGAUUGUUUGUUGUUGUGCAGUGAUGAUUUGGGUAUCAAUUAUAAUAGUUUAUCGCUGGAUUUGCGUAAUUUUAUUCGAACUAUAAUCAAUGUCGAACAAGAUCAGGAUUUGUUGUUGCAAGUGAGGCCAGUGUUUAGCUGA